AUGAGGCCAAACAGGUCUCCAGAGGAGAGCACUGAGGGAGAUGCUGGGAGAACAGAGUGGAAGCCCAAGGCCAAAGAUGCUUUCAAAGACAUCUCUGUAUACUUCUCCAAGGAAGAAUGGGAAGAGAUGGGAGAAUGGGAAAAAAUUCGAUAUAGGAAUGUGAAAAGGAACUACGAAGCGCUGAUUGCUAUAGGUUUCAGAGCCACUCGACCAGCAUUCAUGCAUCACCGCAGGCAGGUCAUCAAACUCCAGGUAGAUGACACUGAGGAUUCUGAUGAAGAAUGGACACCAAGGCAGCAAGGUAAACUUUCUUCGAUGGCCUUCAGAGUGGAGCACAAUAAACACCAGAAUGCAAUGUCCAGAGCACCAUUAAGUAAGGAAUCUAGUUUGAAGGAAUUGCCGGGAGCAGCAAAAUUGCUGAAGACAAGUGGCUCCAAGCAGGCUCAGAAACCGGUGCCCCCUCCCAGAAAAGCAAGGACCCCUGGACAGCACCCCAGACAAAAAGUCGAACUCAGAAGAAAGGAGACUGGAGUGAAGAGGUACAGUCUACGAGAAAGAAAGGGGCAUGUGUACCAAGAGGUCGGCGAGCCACAGGAUGAUGACUACCUCUAUUGUGAGGAGUGUCAGAACUUCUUCAUCGACAGCUGUGCUGCCCACGGGCCCCCAACCUUUGUAAAGGACUGUGCAGCGGAAAAGGGGCAUGCCAACCGCUCAGCCCUCACUCUGCCCCCUGGGUUAAGUAUCAGAGAGUCAAGCAUCCCUGAGGCUGGGCUUGGAGUGUGGAACGAGGUGUCUGAUCUGCCGCUGGGCCUGCACUUUGGCCCCUAUGAGGGCCAGAUCACAGACGAUGAAGAGGCCGCCAACAGUGGAUACUCCUGGCUGAUCACCAAAGGGAGAAACUGCUAUGAGUAUGUGGAUGGAAAGGACACGUCUUUGGCCAACUGGAUGAGGUAUGUGAACUGUGCCCGGGACGACGAGGAGCAGAAUCUGGUGGCCUUGCAGUAUCAUGGGCAGAUCUUCUACCGAACCUGCCAGGUAGUCAGGCCGGGCUGUGAGCUGCUGGUCUGGUACGGGGAUGAGUAUGGCCAGGACCUCGGCAUCAAGCGGGAAAGCAGCAGGAAAAGCAAGCUCGCGGCCCCAAGAGAACCGAAGCCCAAGAUCCACCCAUGUGCCUCCUGCUCUCUGGCCUUCGCCAGUCAGAAGCUCCUCAGCCAACAUGUCCAACACAAUCACCCCUCUCAGACCCUCCUGAGACCAUCUGCAAGAGACCACCUCCAAUCAGAGGAUCCCUGCCCAGGCAAUCAAAAUCAGCAGCAGCGAUAUUCCGAUCCACACAGCCCAAGUGACAAACCUGAGGGUCAUGAGGUCAAGGACAGGCCCCAACCUUUGCUGAAAAGCAUAAUGCUGAAGAGGAUUUCAAGGGCCUCCUCCUACUCACCCAGAGGACAAAUGGGGGCUUCUGGGGUACAUGAGAGAAUCACAGAAGAGCCCAGCACAAGCCAGAAACCGAAUCCAGAAGACACAGGCAAAUUAUUCAUGGGGGCAGGGGUCUCAGGGAUUAUAAAAGUCAAGUACGGAGAGUGUGGGCAAGGAUCCAAGGAUAGGUCAAGUCUCAUCACAAACCAGAGGACACACACAGGGGAGAAGCCCUAUGUUUGUGGGGAGUGUGGGCGAAGCUUCAGUUGGAAGUCAGUCCUCAUCAGACACCAGAGGACACACACAGGGGAGAAGCCCUAUGUUUGCGGGGAGUGUGGGCAAAGCUUCAGUCAGAAGUCAGUCCUCAUCACACACCAGAGGACACACACAGGGGAGAAGCCCUAUGUUUGUGGGGAGUGUGGGCAAAGCUUCAGUCAGAAGUCAGUCCUCAUCACACACCAGAGGACACACACAGGGGAGAAGCCCUAUGUUUGCGGGGAGUGUGGGCGAAGCUUCAGUCGGAAGUCAGUCCUCAUCACACACCAGAGGACACACACAGGGGAGAAGCCCUAUGUUUGCGGGGAGUGUGGGCGAAGCUUCAGUCGGAAGUCAGUCCUCAUCACACACCAGAGGACACACACAGGGGAGAAGCCCUAUGUUUGCGGGGAGUGUGGGCGAAGCUUCAGUCAUAAGACAGUCCUCAUCAGACACCAGAGGACACACACAGGGGAGAAGCCCUAUGUUUGCGGGGAGUGUGGGCGAAGCUUCAGUCGGAAGUCAGUCCUCAUCACACACCAGAGGACACACACAGGGGAGAAGCCCUAUGUUUGCGGGGAGUGUGGGCGAAGCUUCAGUCGGAAGUCAGUCCUCAUCAGACACCAGAGGACACACACAGGGGAGAAGCCCUAUGUUUGCAGGGAGUGUGAGUGAAUCAUGACCAACAAACUACAUUUUAGUCACAGGAGAAUUACUGCAGCCACCCCAUGCCUCAGCUCUAAGGGGGGCCUCAGAGGAGGUCUGUGACCUGUUACAGUCACCAAGAGUAUGAGGAGAGACUCCCCAGGUGGUCCAGGGGCCAAGACACCAAUUCAGGGACCCAUGUUCAAUACCUGAUUGGGGAACUAGCUCCCACAUGCUGCAACUAAGACACAGCACAGCUGAAUAAAUAAAUACAUAAAUAAAUAUUUUAAAGAAAGAGUGUAAUAAGCACAGAAUUACUUGAUUAGAUAGACCUUCCACUUUCAUGACAGGAGAGGAGGUAGAUAAACAGCAGAGGGUCUCUUAAG